AUGAAACCAUCUAAACUGCAAGAUCAACUGAGAAGAUGCCACCCUGAUAAAACAGAGAAAGAUUUGAAAUACUUUCAAACACUCAAAGAUAAAUUUCAGAAGAGACCUACACUGGACAGAAUGUUCGCUUCGACGUCUCAAAGAAAUGAUGAUGGUUUGCGGGUGUCUUACAGUAUCUCGUUACUUAUGGCAAAAUCCGGAAAACCGCAUACUAUCGGAGAGAAGUUAAUUUUGCCAGCCGUUGAAGAGGUUUUAAAAACUGUUCUACACAAACCUGCAUCUGAUAUCAUUAAAAGAAUUCCCUUAAGCAACAAUACUGUUGAAAGAUGUAUUGAUGAAAUGAGUUCUGAGACUGAAAGCUUCUUAUGUAAUUAUUUGCAAACGACCCAUUUCUCUAUACAACUGGACGAGUCAAGUUUACCUGAUAAUGCAGCAUUAUUAUUGGCAUAUGUUCGUUUUACUAUGAAUCAAGAAAUCUACGAAGAACUGCUCUUCGCAAGAACUUUGAUAACCGACACUAAAGAUCGAGCAAGAAAACAAUGCGUGUCUCUAAUUAAGAGAUAUUUUUGUGCGUAUCUGCGACAAAUUCCAUCAAAUAAAAAGUUAAAACCGAAAUCACGAAGCAUGCUGUCGAACAAUAAACACAUCUACCCACAUGACAAAAUCAGUGCGAUUGUUGGCUUCUACAUCAAAGCAGGCGACAAAUCUGCUGCAAAAUGCAGUCACAGCACAUUUAAUACUGCACAGCAAGAAUUUCAAAUACCGGGUUAUUCGGGAAACAGAGACAAUACAUCUGGGAUAGAAAGUAGGAUUGGAAGUGGAGCUAAGAAAGAGUAUGCAAAGACUACUUUAACAUAUAUGUACCUAAAAUUGUGUGAAACCUCUCAAUUGAAGAAAACUGCUCAUAAGAAAGGCAAGUUAGCAACGAAUAUGGAAUAUGGUCAACGUUACUGUGAUAUAAAUGCGAGCCGCGAAAAAGCCAAGAGAGGUUUGGAAGUACAAGCCGAUUCAAUGCUCGCACAAUCAAAUAAAAAGUUUAAACCAGCACUAGUUGGAGACAAUGUUCUUGUACCAAUUCCAGAGAUAGAUCGUGGAAGAGCAGCACCAAGAAACGUAAUGGCAGUUGUAUAA